UCUCGUACACUACGUCUUCUCGAAGCAACUUUCCCAGGUCGGCAGAGGUCGCCAUACUUAGUAAAGGAAGUGGCCUUUUCUUCCUUCCAGUGUCUCCAAAUCACGUCUAAACUAUGGUAGAUUACAGUAAAUGGGAUCAUAUUGAGGUUAGUGACGACGAAGAUGACACACACCCUAAUAUUGAUACGCCAAGUCUGUUUAGAUGGCGGCACCAAGCCAGAGUGGAAAGAAUGGAGGAAGCAAAGAAAGAAAGAGAUGCUGUUGAAACAAAGAUUUCAGAGCAUAAAAAGAGGCUUGAGCAGGCCAGAGAAAGCCUGAAAGCUGCAGAAAAAGCAGAGGAUAAAGGAAAAGAAGAGAAAUUUCGUAGAGAAUUGGAGCAUUUGGAGAAAAAGAUGAAAGAACUUAAAAAGGAAGAUGAAGAAAAGCUCCAAAGAAUGUGGACACAUUGAGUCAGGCUGGAUUCACCAGAACAAUUAUAAACGCUCCAAAGAAACAGGAUGAAAAUUUAACAGAAGAGGAAAAGUUAGACAGAUCACAAGCCUUUAUGGAUAAGUACAAGAAAGAAAUAGAACAUUUUGGAAUGUUGCAUGAAUAUCAUGACAGUGAAGAUUAUCUUCAGAAAAAUCCCCACCUGGCUUGUGAGGACACUGCCAACUACCUGGCUUUGUGGUGCAUCAACUUGGAAGUUCAAGAGAAACAUGCCCUGAUGGAGCGAGUUGCUCAUCAGACCAUCAUUAUGCAGUAUAUACUGGAGCUAGCUAAGUCAUUAGAUGCCAGUCCACCAGCCACCAUUCGCAGCUUUUUCACUAAGAUGAAGAAAGCAAAAGUAGACUAUAAAGAAUACAUGGACGCAUUUGAGGAUGAACUUAAAUCAUUCUUGCUAAGGGUAAAGGAAAGAGCUCAAGCCCGCAUUGAUAAGGCUAUGAAGGAAGCCGAAGAGGAGGAACGCCAACAGAGACUUGGUCCUGGAGGACUGGAUCCGGUGGAAGUGUUUGAUUCAUUACCCCCAGAACUUCAGAAAUGCUUUGAAGAAAAAGAUAUCCCCAUGCUACAAGAAGUUCUCGGCAAAAUGCCUGAAGAAGAAGCUAAGAUGUACCUACGACAAUGCAUUGACUCUGGUUUGUGGAUUCCAGAUGCUAAUAAAGCACAAGCUGAGGGACGAGAGGAGGCUGGUGUUACAGAGGAGUCAGAAGAUGAUCAGUAUGACAGUUUGUCAGAAGAUAGUGACAAAUAAAUCCUCAGGGGGCAUCUGUAUGUAAUGUGCUCUGUUUUUAGUGCUUUUAUAGUUAAUGUCCUGGCGUUUGAAGUUUAAAGAGAGAAAAAAUUUAAAAAAAAGGAAAAAAAAUGUAACAUUUGGUUGUCAUAACUGUACCAUAUCCAAUAAGAGAAAAGCUAGGUCUAUAAACAACUGGUGUCCCAGAAAAAUUUAUUAAAGGACACUUGAGUCUCAGUUCAUGUUGAAUGAAAGAAAGGAGACCUGAGUGAAAAUAGCCUUUGUGCCUAUCAUCUACUGCUUGGAAAGUAGAAAACUUGUACGACGUAAACAAACAGAAACUGUAUCAUGAGGCUGUCUUGUCUUUAGCUAACCGAAGAAUUGGUGGCUAGAUGAUUCACCAAUCACCAGAUUGCAGCCACAUUAAUUUCAACGAACUGACAUGUUAUGGUUUUCCUAAAGCUUCUGGAAACCCUGUUAGAGCUCUGUUGAAAGACCAGGAAACCAGUUUGUGUAUUCUUAAAUGCCCCAGUGAUAAAUAAAGUUCUGAUUGUGCACAGCUAUUAAAAAA